AUCUAGAUGUUGAGUCCCCUCCAGAAGUGCGGCUCGGAAGGCUGCCUGCUAGAUUGUGACUUCCUGCCAUGGCACCGGAGCACCCUUCGGAAGCAACACCAGAGCUGCGAGGAUCCGGAGCGGAGGAACGUCUGUGAAAAGCAGGAGAAACCUUCCACCCCAAGCAUUCGUUUAGAUGACACCGAAGUGGUCAACUGUCUUCAACUCCCACUCCAAGACCCGGGAGGGUUCUGGCGGUCUCGAAGUGAGGGACGUUUGGAUCAACAAGGGGUACCAUGCCAAAGGGGAACUGAGGAAGGGGACAAAACAGGAAGUGGGUGGAGCUUGCCGUCCCCCAAAUCUUUGAGGAAAGAGCGGCAGCUGUGCGAGAAAGUGGCGGCAGCAAAGCAACACCUGAGGAAUUUCUUUGGAGGAUCCAACAAAUCACUGGCCUCCAGUGUGGAAUCGGACAUAGGCUCAGACUGUGAUGGCAGCCAUCAGAAUGCGCAGCAGAAGCAAAAACGUCCCCGAAAGAAGAACAAAAAAAACUUCCUGAGGUUGUGGAGCUCAGGAAAUCAGGACCUCCUGUCGCUAAGGCCAACUCCUGAGGAAGCCCAAGAAUGGGCAGAAUCUUUGGAAAAACUGCUACUACACCCAUAUGGUCGAGCUGCCUUCCAUGCUUUUUUGAAAUCAGAAUUCAGUGAAGAGAACCUGGACUUCUGGUUGGCCUGUGAAGAUUAUCGUAAACUCCGGGGAUGUGACAAACUCCAGGAAAGUGCAAAAAAGAUUUUUGACCAAUAUAUCACCAUACAAGCUCCAAAAGAGGUGAACCUUGAUUCCCAGACCAGAGAUGUCACCAAUCGGAACAUUUUGCUCCCCACCCGGUCUUGCUUUGACCAAGCCCAGAAGAGGAUCUUCGGGUUGAUGGAGAAAGACUCUUACCCUCGCUUCCUCCGCUCUGUUGUCUAUCAAGAUCUGGUACAGCCUGAAAAAGAGCAGCCGAAUGGCCCCUUGUAAACCUGCCGCGUUUGCCCUUCCUCUUCUUUUGAAGCCAACCUAACAAAGGAGGCGCCUGGAGGCGGCUUUGCUGUUCAGGAGAUGGACAAACCCAAGGACUAUUUGGAAGAAAUGGACUGCUGUUUGUCCUAUUUUGUCAAGAUGGCAGACGUGCUCCGUUCCUAAACAUUAGGGUGGAUAAGAGAGAUGAUAGAGGGUUGGAUUCUUGCUCAAUGGGCAGGGUUAAGAGGGAUCCUUGGUGCUCUCUUGAGCUGGCUCGUUUUCUUGCAGACGUUUCAUUACCCAAACUAGGUAACAUCAUCAGUGCUAGUACAAGUAGCUUUUGGGGGUCUUCAGUCAAAUAUUAGAAUUCUAGAAGGACAGGCGGAAUUGUGCUGUUUUGAAACGAACGAAAGCAACUUUUAUGCCAGGGCUUAUAAAGCUGGCUGCUGGGAAGGUAUUGCUCAGGUUGGAAAAUGAAAUGGUUGGUUUGCCCAGUCUAUUUAUAAGUCUGUUUCAGCUUGGGACUACUCUGACGGGCAGAAUUUCUCCAAGGUCUUAGAGAAGUGUGUUUUCCGUUUGUGAUAGAAAUAAUUUUGAGAUUGAAGUUGGGACCUUCAUGUAUUUGUCAUCCUCAAUGUGUGAAAUUAGGCAUUUUCUAGACAGCCUAGGACAGGGCCUCCAACCUGUAGGCUGCAGCCCCACGAAUGGGCUGUGAGGGGGUUGUACCCAGGCUGUGGAAACGGCCAACACACGCACACUCCAUUUUAAGUGUGUGCCAAGUGUGCAUGCACACCGCUCACACAAAUGGAACUGCUCACACGCACUUGUCGGCAGCUUGCACGGAAAACAUCCUCCCUUCCCCUCCCUCCUGCCGGUCCGCACAGCCGAAAACAUUGGGGAACUCUGCCCUAGGAAAUGUAGAGAAAGCCAAAAAUGGGACGUUGAAGCAUGAAACGCUUCAUAUUUCACAGAUUUCCGAGGCACUCU